AGAAGAGAGAAGACAGGCCACAAAACACAUUGAACAAUCUGUGACAGAUGCUCAAAGAACACUUGAGAUACAUGUAAAAGAAGAGAAAAGACAGGGCGCAGAAUACAUUGAACACUCUGUUACAGAAGGUAAAAGGACGCUUGAGACUGUUGUUAAAGAAGAGAGAACACGGGCCAAAGAACACAUUGAACACUCAGUAACAGAGGGUAAACGAGCACUUGAGGAUCAGACAGAGAGACUUGCUAGGCUGUUGCGUAAAGAAGAAGUCGAUAAUCUACAAAAAAAGAAACUUGAGUUAAAGGCACAGCUCAUCGAGUACUAUAAAAAAUCUUCAAGCCAGAUGACCGUUCGGCUCGACAUUGACGAAACAAUUGAAAAGAUAUACGAAAAACCAAAUCUUACCUUAAAGAAAACCGAAAAUGGCACCACACAAGAGAAAGAUAUUCCAGAAAUAAGCCAACUGUUUUCGACAAGUGAUGACACAAUGGCUAAAACGAUCAUUGUCGAGGGUGAGCCUGGGACAGGCAAGACCUCUUUGUGUAAAAAAAUCGUGGAUGACUGGCGUAAAGUAAAUGAGAAAGUUGAGCAGGAGCCAAGCACAUCAUAUUUAAGAAAGUUUGAAUUCAUAUUUUACAUCAUACUACGCCUUGUCAAAACUGACAUUGAAGUUAAAGCAAUCAUAGUCGAACACAUACUAAAGAAGAUUGAUUCAGGCUAUGAAAAUGCGCACUCACUGCUGGGAGAAAUUUUAAAAUCAGAGCACUGUCUUCUCCUGCUUGAUGGUCUGGACGAAUGGCGUGGAAAAAUGCCUCAUAUUGAAACAAGUUGGAUAAACUGUACAGCAUUAAUCACAACGCGACCGUACAAAUUGGCUGAAUUAAGGGUAAUUCCAACGCAGAUGGGUAAACAUGUCCAAUUGAAUGGAGUUCAGAAUCCAGAAGAGCUUGUUUUGAAAGUCAUUCGGAAGUUAGAGGAGUACCACAAAACAAACAAACCACCAAAGGCCUGCAUCAUUGACCUAAAAGGCAAACACCUGUGGCAUUUCAGUGCAAAUCCCGUCGUACUCGUUCAUAUUGUGUGGCUCUGGCAAAAGAGUAAGUUAAGAGAAAACAUGUCUCGAUCUUCUCUUUACCAGGAAAUUAUUAAUGAAAGAUGGUAUGAAAUGUGUGACAAAAAAGAACAAGAUAAAGAUCCACAUGAGUUAUAUGACGUACUGAGCGAGAUAGCAUUUGAUAAAAUGCUUUCAGAAAAUGAGGACGAAUCCCUCGUGUUUAACAUCAAGGGGAAACAGCUAGAGAUAUUUAAGCAAUUCAAGGAGGCAUCGCUUGAAUCCGGUAUCCUGUCUGGUAGCAAUGUGCCCGGAGAACGCUUUCCUCAGUACCAAUUUCUUCACAAAACAUUCCAAGAAUUUCUUGCAGCUGUGUUUCUGUCAAACCGCGGUUCGACUGUGUCCACCUCAUGCAAGCUCGUGAAAGAAAUAUAUUCGAACCAUAGGAACGAAGGUGCAUUUGCUUUGAAAGAGGUUUUCCUUUUUCUAUGCGGUUUAAAUCCAGUAGCAGCCGCAGAGUUUUCGAAAACACUGAAUGAGCUGUUUACUGAGAACUGUGAAAAACAGGGAUUAAAAACUCAAAAAGUUCGUACAUUCCAGAACAUGAUACUGAGCGGCUACGAUGAGGCCGAGAGAAGUGGACACAUAGGUGCAGAGUUCUGCUUGCAGCAUAUCGUGCUUGAUUCUACCAAUCUUACAGCGCAUCAUAUGUCAAAGUUGAAACUCUGCUUGGAGAAUGAAAGAAAAUCCAACCUCAAAUCAAUGCGUAUUGCUGAGAACAUAGCUUCUACCCUGCAGCACAUGGAUGAUCCAUCUGUUUUAGAUUUAAACAUAUGCACGAAUCUAAAAUAUGUGGCUUUAGAAAGGUUGUCAUAUGAAGAUAUCAACCUAUCUAAUUUGAAUGGAUUACUAGACUGCAACAUACAAUUCAGCGACUACAAACCAGCAAGUAAACUGAUAUCGUCAGUGCAGUCCUCUGAUUUACGAGGUUUGAAAAUUCUCGUGCUAAGAAAUGUUGGUUUGGAAUGUGAAGCCAUGGACAUAUUGUCAAAACUCAAAUGUGUCAAAGAGCUUAACCUCACAUGGAGCAAGGCGAGUCGACCAAAUGUUUCACAAUUAAACCUUGUUGACCUUAGACAUCUCGAAUACCUCGAAGAACUCACAUUAAAAGAACUGCAUGCCUCUGACGUUGUUAGUCUACAAAUGCUCAAUCUGCGCCGGUUAAAGAUCGGGUUUGCAACACAACAACGAGCACCACGGUUGAUAGCAACACUACUAUCUCGACGAGACGGUUCACUCACAACAUUACCGGAUGGGUCACACUUUCCGCUAGAAGGCCUUCGACUGAAGAACGUUUGUAUGUUAGCAGGAGAGUACAUGCGUCUUCUUAAUCAGAUGAUACAGUCUGGACGUAAAGUGGACUUUACGUUAACUGAGUGUACAAUAGAGGGUGACGUAAGAGAGCUGCAUGAGAAGGUGGGGGACCAGGCUGCCCUACAGGUGGAAGCUCCACAGUCCUUCUUAACUAGGACUAUGACAUAUAUUAGAUUAAAGAAGAUGACAGUGUCAGCAGAUGUGUUUAUGCGUCUCGUUCUCGUGGUGUCACAGUCUAGACGUUUAUGGGACUUUACGUUAACUGAGUGUACAAUAGAGGGUGCCGUAAGAGAGCUGCAUGAGAAGGUGGGGGACCAGGCUGCCCUACAGGUGGAAGCUCCACAGUCCUUCUUAACUAGGACUUUUUCAAAGAUUAGAUUAGAGAAGAUGACAGUGUCAGCAGAUGUGUUUAUGCGUCUCGUUCUCGUGGUGUCACAGUCUAGACGUUUAUGGGACUUUACGUUAACUGAGUGUACAAUAGAGGGUGACGUAAGAGAGCUGCAUGAGAAGGUGGGGGACCAGGCUGCCCUACAGGUGGAAGCUCCACAGUCCUUCUUAACUAUGACUAAGACAAAUAUUAGACAUAUUAGUUUAGAGAAGAUGACCUCAUCUGGCUAUUUUACCUUAAACAAGAUGACAGUGUCAGCAGAUGUGUUUAUGUGUCUCGUUCUCGUGGUGUCACAGUCUGGACAUAUAGGGGGCAUUACGUUAACUGAGUGUACAAUAGAGGGUGCCGUAAGAGAGCUGCAUGAGAAGGUGGGGGACCAGACUGCCCUACAGGUGGAAGCUCCACAGUCCUUCUUUACUUUGAAUAAUACAAACAUUAGAUUAGAGAAGGUGACAGUGUCAGCAGAUGUGUUUAUGCGUCUCGUUCUCGUGGUGUCACAGUCAGAACGUCGUGUUUUGUGUCAAUUACAAAACUGUACAAUAGAGCCUGUCGAAGAAGUGAGAAAGCUUCAGGUGAAAAUGGAGGACCAGCCCGCCAUUUAUGUGGAAGGGUUCAGCAUGUGUGGACAAGUCUGGUGCAUUCAGUUUAUCAACAACAGGUAAUCAGUCUACGCUGUAAGGUAAUCAGUCUACGGUGUAAGGCAUAUACUCAGCUCAUAUUUGGGAUCUCGCUAUGUUCAGCUCAACAGUCAUCAGCAAACAAUUGACGUGUCUGUUCGUGGUUUUUAAUGUAUAAGUUCCAUCUGAGGUUGAGUUCGGAAACAUUAUGAAUAAACGAUGUUUUCCAACAGUUAAACAAAUGCAACAAAGACAAAGGUUGCUUCAAGGAAUCCUGGCAGUUACAACCAAACUUCUUGUCAGUAAAAUGUAAGACGAACUUAGAACAUUUAAUGAUUGAUAUUAGCCCACGAUGUUUGAGAUGAGUUAUGUAGUUUUGUUUUGAAGUUCCAUCUUGUUGGCUGGUAUUGCUACUUUUACACUGAACCUUGGAUUAUCGUGGAUAUAAAGAAGUGUUUCUAUUGUAUGACGGACACGCGUGUUGUAAUAUCGCCAUGAUAGUGGAUUAUCAUGGAUUUAACGAACUGUAUCUAUUUUGUGACUGACGCGCGUGUCGUAAUAUCGCCAUGGUCGUGGAUUAUCGUGGAUGUAACGAUGUGUAGCUAUUGUGUGACUGACACGUGUGUUGUUAUAUCGCCAUGGUCUAGGAAUAUCGUGGAUAUCACGAAUUGUAUCUAUUGUGUGACUGAUGCACGUGACGUCAUAUCGCCAUGGUCGUCGAUUACCGUGGAUGUAACAAAAUAUACCUUUUUGUGACUGACGCGUGUUGUACUUUCGCCAUGGUCGUGGAUUAUCGUGGAAUCAAGGUUCAGUAACAUACAAGUCGAAAGUGUUUCUGAACGUUUCUAUAUUUAUCUAUUAUAUUGUUGAAAACGGCGCGCAUAUCGCUAUAUAACAAUAUUUUUGAGGUAUAUUUUAACUUUGUAUAGUUCAGUCAAAUACGUACAUUUAAACGUUUGUUUUGGGAUUUUAGUGUGUGAAUUUAAGAUGCAUCCUUGUUUGUUGUGAGUUUUCUUUUGCUUUAUGUUCCAAUAGUAUGCAAAAUGUAAUGAGCCGCAUCGAGCGAUUUCGGGCUUAAGAACAUUUGUUUGCUUAUAUUCUUUGUUGAGGUAUUUAAAUUAAAUGACAUUUCAGGAAGUAUUUCCAAAAACUGUCAUGAGGAUAUCACUUAAAGUGAGUUAGAUACGAUUAAUAAGUGUCUCCAUGUACUGUGCAAAUCGAUUACUAAAUUUGACAUCAUUCAUAUGACGACAUUCUGAAAGUACAUUAUGUGUAACAUACAUUAAAAAAGAGUAAUGAUUUCUUUUUUUCUUUUUUUUAUUACAUUGGCCGUUUUAAAGACAGACUAUGACUGCAGUCAAAUUAAGUCGGGAUGAUAUCCGUGGUUGCUAUGGAAACAUAAGUAAACCAAUUCUCAUACGUCGUAAAGACAGUGAUGCACCAAUGACAAACAUUUAUAAAACGAAGUUUGGAAGACACUGAUAUACGUCGAAAAAAAAGAUUUUCUUUAUGAUUAUUUAAUUUGUAAUAAUUAUGCAUUAAUACCCCAAAUCGCGCGAUUUUGUGUUUUGUAUGUAUAUGUAAAGACCAUAGUUUCUACUAAAAUAUAAUUGUUUUUAAUUUGACUAUUUUUGUGUUUGAUUUUGUUUCGUGUUUAUAAUACAUGUAUUUCUUGAUAAUGUACCUUGAUAAGAUAUGUAUUUACCUGGAUAAUGCAUUAUUAAUGCAUGCAUAUAAUUUGAUAAUGUAUGUAUUUCAUUUAUUGAUGAAGAAUGUCUUCGUGUUUGUGUUAUUUGUAUUCCACUUUUAAAAAGUUACAAUGAAGACGCGUGCUGAGAUAUGUUUCUUUUUAAGAUCAUUGAAAUAUAUCAUAUGUGAAUACAUAAUCAUCUAAUAUUUUCCUAAAUAAGUUUGAGGAUUUACAAAGGUUAUAAUAUCGAUAUUACAAAACGUCAACAGUUAUCACUUUUUAGGCCUUAGGGUUUUCUUAGUGAAUAAUUGUAAUGGAUAUCUGCAACAUGAAGAUCAAUUGGUAUACCAUUAUAUCCUUAUAAAACUGGCCUUUUCUUCCUGUCAUUAGCAUAUAAGUUUAAAUAUUGUUUCCUGGUAACCCUACGCGUAAUUGUCUGCGCUUUAAUGACAUUUUGUGUUCAUUUAGGAAAUUAAAACACAAUUUCAAAACGUUUACUUAAACGUUGUUAUAUUAUGUUGAUCAUCAUGUAUUGUUUCUUCAUUAGAUUACUAAACAUCUGUGCGAUUUCAAAUGAUGCCAGUUUUACACGGUGACAAGGCUGGCCAAUGAUGGAUGAACCGCCUUAUUAACUAGGCUGUACUGUGCCAUGGACGAUGUUUUUAAUAGUAAUGCCCUGUGACACAAUACAAAUGUUGUAUAAUUUAAAGGGACUAGACACCAGAUGAUACCAUUGCAAGAAAAAAGCAAAUAUUAAAAAAAACUUACAUGAAAUUGAUAUAGUUGCGAACAACGCAUUGUAUCGCACUUUCUGAUGUAAAGCACUGCUUGCGACAGAUAAAUAUUUCGCAUUUUUUUGCAUAUUUUUUCCAUCUAAAAAUAGCGUCGUAAUAAUUAUCUGUACUAAUCGCGUGACUUUCUGUAUAUGCUAAAUAUACAAACUAUGAUCUUGAAAACCAUAAUGCGCUAUUUUUUAACGGGUGAACUCAGCUAAGACAGCGACAAAAUAUUCUUUUUAUCAUGUAAAAUGAUGUUUUAUCGACCUCGUUCUAACUCAUAUUGACUAUUGUAUGCUUGAUUCAAGGAAUACUGUAUUUGCCGAUUUGGGGAACAGAUGAUGUCUAGUCCCUUUAAAAAGUGACACUUGUUGACUUAUAAAAUGUAAUAUGAAUGACUGAUAAGGUUUUUUUGCAGUUUGUAUGUAUAUUGUUUUCUAUUACAGCACGAGUUAACACAUUUUUGCAGUCUUUCGAGACAGAAAAAGCAUGUUUGUAGUUAGUAUUUUUGUAAAUGUUUUUAUAAUGUUUUUGUCUACUCAUAUAUAUUUCUACUCCUAAAACCCUUUCAAAUGGUACCCCAAUACAAUGGGGUCACCAGGCAAUCGUAAAUCUCAUAAAUAUCAUUAUUCUAAGGAGGGUACCUUAAGUACAGUUAAUGAAAUUUGUUAGAAGUUGUCUGUAUAUUGUUAGUUAAGUAUACACAAUGAUAAUUGUAUUGUUAGUGAAAUGCAUGUUAUUUUAUUACUGAGAACACUGUAAUAAUUAUAUAACCUUAACUCGUUUUAAAGGGAUUCUAUGUUAAAAGAAAUAGUUUUGAAAGGUAUAAUUUGAACAUUUUACUUAAAUUAAAUAAUAAACGAUAAAAUUAUUAAUUGUAAUUUAGUUGAAAAAAUUGAGAUACUUUUCCAAUAUUUGCAAGAUAUCUUAAAUAAUAGUGUAUUCCCUUAUGGUUCAAUCUACGUUUCAUUAGAAUAACUGUCAUCUAGGGUUUGCAAGUAAAUAUUGAAUGCAAGUAAGUUCUAAUUGCGAAUGUAAAAUGUAUGGAAUAAAUGUAUGUUCGUUAGAAGCUGUCUGUUUGUUGUUAGUUAAGUACACACAAGUAUAAUUGUUUUGUUAAUGAAAUACAUGUUAUUUUGUAACUUUGAAUACUGUAAUAACUAUAUGACAUUAACUCGUGUUUAAUUUGAACAUGUUGCUUUAAUCAAAUAAUUAACGAGAAUAUUAUCAAUGGUAAUUUAGUUGAUAAAAAUGGAGAUACUUUUCUAAAAUUUGCAAGAUAUCUAUAAUUAUAGUGGACUUCUUAUAUCGUUCAAUCUAUGUUUUGUUUGAAUAACUGUCAUUUAGGGUUUGCAAGUAAAUUUUGAAUGCAAGUUAGUUCUAAUUGCGACUGUAUUAUGUAUGGAAUAAAGGUAUGAAUGAAA